AUGGACUCGGAGUCUGAAUUAAAGUCAUUCCAUCUGGAUAGGAUUUCAUUUCUAGCUCAACCAAAGGAGUCCAAGACAGUUUGGGCCACAACACCUUGGAUACUGACAUGGGGAAACCAGGAAUCGAUACGGCCGCUGUCCCGCUCAGCACUGCAAGCCAACCCGAGCCCCAGAAUAAAGGCACUGGCCCAGCCUAAGAGAGACUUCUCCCUCCAGAUUCAGCUCAGGAAAGAGGAAGAGGAGGAGGAGGAGAGGAGAAGGAUGAAGAUAUCCCGCCCUUCCUCUCAUGCAGUGCAGUACGAGAGCAUUGUCCAUCUAGCGACUCCCAAAACCCGAGGAAGAAGCCCCCAGGAAGUGAAUUAUGCACACUCAUUUUUGUGUGAGCAUGACUGUCCCAUCUGGCACGUGAGUCCCAGUGUAAGGAACGUGGCCGUCUCACCUCGAAUCCUCCAGCUGGCCGACCCCAAAACUAACCACCCCAACUUCACCAGCAACAGACAGAAUGUGCAGACAUUCAUCUCAUAUGCAGCUCAAACAGCCAAGAUGACGUCCAGACUCGAGCAGCUCUCACUGCCCAAACUAAGAGAGAACAGACACUUCUACAACCCCGGACGACCAGAGAGUCCAAUCCGAACUGUGUCUAGGGGAGCAAGAAACGCCACGGCGAGUGCUCGGAUCCAAGCUUUAUCCACUCCUAAAGCCCUCUCUAAAGAUUACAUCCCACCCAGAGAACCAACAUGGCAGCCCUGAGAAAACAAGACAGACCACAAAGCUGUGGUUUCCAGCACAUUCAUCAUGUGCAGUUAUUGUAUUUUGUCACUUUCUCACCGCCUUCCUUCUCCUAUCAGGAGCUUGUUGAUCGGUUGAACUCUCAUUGCUUUCGCUCUGGUGUUCUAAUCACGGUCUCAGAUUUUGACUGUGGACUACUUUUGACUGAAAUUUAAGUAGCACAUUAUUCUUAGCCUGCUGCCAAACCCGCCUGGCUCCUCAAACAGGACUCUGUGUUUUGUGCCUAUAGUGUUUCCAGAUUGUCUCUCGGUCUAGACGCUGCUUUCAGUCAGAAAGCGCUGCAAGGGAAUCUAUGAUUAUCAACAUCUGGUUUGAGCAUCGGUGUAAGUUUUCUUGCCUGGACUUUCACUCUACACAUUCAAUUAGAUUCAAGGUAUUUCAGUAGUUACAUUGUAUAUUGUAUUUACUGUUU